CGGCGGGCCGGGCCGCGCCGGGGGCAGAGCGGGGCCGCAGCCGGGCGGAGAUGGCGUCGCAGCCGCCGCCUCCCAAGCCCUGGGAGAACCGGCGGCUGGCGGGCAGCGUGGCGCCGGCCUUCCAGUCUCCUGACUUUGGUGACAACCUGCUGACCAGGCCUGGACAACCCACGGUUGCACGGAUACCUCCACCCAUUUUGCCAAGACCAUCCCAGCAAACAGGAAGCAGCAGCCUGAGCGCUUUCAGGCCAGCGUAUAGUAGUUCUUUUUCUCCAGGCUAUGGUUCAUAUGGAACCUCUUUUUAUGGAAGCUAUAGUCCCUACAGUUACGGAUAUGGUGGUCUGGGUUAUAACCGCUUUCGUGCAGAUGAUAUUCCUCCCAGCAGGUUUGUUCAGCAGGCUGAAGAGAGCAGCAGAGGUGCCUUUCAGUCCAUCGAAAGCAUCGUGCACGCGUUUGCCUCGGUCAGCAUGAUGAUGGAUGCUACCUUUUCAGCUGUGUACAACAGCUUCAGAGCUGUGUUGGAUGUGGCCAAUCACUUCUCCCGCCUCAAAGCACACUUCACAAAGGUGUUUUCAGCUUUUGCUUUAGUGAGAACUAUAAGAUACCUCUACAUACGCCUGCAACGAUUGCUGGGCCUGCGGAAGAGCUCUGAGAAUGAGGAUUUGUGGGCUGAAAGUGAGGGGACAGUAGCUCGUGUUGGCCUUGAGGACAAGGCGGGUAGCUCUGCAAAAUCCUGGCCCAUCUUCUUGUUCUUUGCUGUUAUCAUGGGUGGCCCCUAUCUGAUUUGGAAACUGCUUUCGACGUACAGUGACGAAGAAACAGUAUCUAGUAACUGGGCAAGUGGAGAAGAUGAUCACGUAGUUGGAAGAGCAGAAUAUGAUUUCAAUGCUCUCUCAGAAGAAGAAAUUUCUUUCCGUGCUGGUGACAUGCUAAAAUUAGCUCCCAAAGAACAACAACCCAAAAUCCGCGGUUGGCUUUUGGCUAGUUACGAUGGCCAAACAACAGGACUUGUGCCAGCUAAUUACAUCAAAAUCCUGGGCAAAAGAAGAGGUAGGAAAACAGUGGACCUGGGAAAGAUUACAGAGCAACAGCCAGCCUUUACCAGCACAUCUGUCAGAGGAUCCACUGCUACUGUGACUUUAGAGGAGCAGGAAGCUGCUUUUGAUACUGUUUUUGCUGAAAGUAAUAAAGUUCCUGUUGUGUCUGACUCCACGGGGGUUAGUGGAGAGAAACAGGAACUCUAAUGCACUUUCAUCAACAAAGCAACUGAACUGUGCUUUAUUGAUAAAACUUAGGGUUUCUUGAAAGUCUGUAUUGUAGUGGAACACUGAUGGGCCUGUACCAGUUACUGCUGCUACUGACUGGUGAAGGGAUGGAGAAAUGAUUGCUCAAAUCCGUGCUAUUUAUUGUCGGCUCCCCUAAGGCUGUAUGUGAGUGAUUCUCCCCAACCACCUGGCAGAAACUCUUAAGCUCUUGAGAUUAGGAAAAUUCAGGCAUUUAUAACAAAGCAAACAAACAAAAAAAUAGGGACUGCUGGCUUAUUCUUGUGAAGGAGACAAAAUGUCAGAGAAAUCUGGGGAUUGAUAUCCAGUCUUCAUUGGAAUUUCAGCCUGGCAAGAGGCAUCUUCAAUAGAUGUGCAAAGGGUAGACAGAUUUCUGCAAGAUGUCCUCCAAAACUGAACAAUAACAGUGCAUUGUUCCCCCCUGAAAGGCAGAACAACUGCAAGAGGUUUAGGGGACACAGUUGAGUCAUUAGAAGUUCUGAGUUGCUCACUUUUAGUAAGAAGUAGAGCAUCUGUCAGAAAGAGCUUUGCUGUUGUUGGAAAGGGACUUGUCAGAAAGGGAGGAGAAAUACAGUUGACAACAGAAGAUUGAUGAGGCUUCAAUAGUAGUUCUAACUGGUUCUGUUUAUUAAAAGUAUGUUAGAAUAAAGGGUAUCCUGCAUUCAGGCACUUUCCAGCACGCUUGUUAGUUAUUAGUUCCUUCUGUGGUGAGCUAACUUUGCAUCAGUCCUAACCAUUUUCUGUUGUAGCCUGUUAAUAGUCUACUGGCUACCAGCUGUAUCUCAGCUUAUUUCUGUUCUCCAUUGGUUUGGUAUGACUGUCAAAAUACCCAUCCUGCAUUUUAGAGCAGUAGGAAAGCAUGGGGUUGGGGAGAGUUUCACUUAAUUUGAGUGGGAAAGAAGCAGCAACGUUUCUUGUCUCAGUCAAGGUCUUGGAGUUACUGUUUUGCUGCCUUUCAGGUGGUCAAUUUUCCAUCUGCCCAUAAAACUCAAGGGCUCUGGUUUAUCAAAAGCCAUAAAAACGUUAAGACUCUUAGAAAUAUUUAGUAUUUUCUUCCUGUUGAUGUUUGAGAAUUCUGUACUGAAAUACUGUUUUAUUGUUUUGGGUUUUUUAAUGAAGCAAAGAUAAUGACAACUUUUUUCCUUGCAGUAUAUAUGUAUAACACAUUGAGCUUCUGAAGGUUAGAGCAAUGGAUACAAGAACUAAAGCUUGUCUUAACCACUGAAACAGCUUUUCUUUUUUAUUUUAAAGGUACUUAAAAUUAGUAGUAAAAGUAGGGCAUGUGCCUUUGCUUAAUGGAGCUACUAGUUUCAGUUUCACUGUUACUACAGAGAUCUUCAACACCUGUUAUGUGUUAGCAACACUUUCAGUAUUUAGUCUUCAAUUGCAUUUGCUGGGCUUGAGUUCUUAGGUUUUUGCUCACCACAACAAAACCCUGACAAGAAGAAAUGAAGUGAGUGCAGUUUUAUUGAGGUAGAAGGACUGAAAAGAUGGAUGUGAUGCUGAAACCUUGGAUUCUGAAGUCUGAAUGCCCGUGGUUGAGAACGAGAGCAAGGAGUUAAGUACUUGGGUAUCGGGAGGUGGUGCAAAGAGUCAUUUCAUACUAUUUUGUUAGAUCUCCAAGUGCCAAGGAAGAGGAAAGAGUAGAUAAAGGGCAAAUGAGAAACUUGAGACUAGGUUUAAACCAGAACAUGUUCCUGAGACAUUUCCCUGUGUACCAGGGCAUUGAAGAAAAUUAUCUAUAUUUGGAAGAGACAUCUGUUGUUGAAAUAAAAAUAGCAUACAAUCCUGAAAUAUACAGAGAGGGGAGAAAAAGGAAGGAGGGGUGUCAAAUGUACAGUUCUGUUUACAGUGUGUAUUCAUAGAGGAAAUGCAUUUACUGUUGUGGGACUUAUUUCUUGGACUGUCGGUCUCUCUUGUGUCAGUGACAGGUUUCAGUCAGAGGAAAGGUCUUUUAAAUAAAUGAAUAAAUAGGCUUUUCUUAGCAUAUGCAUUUGAGUAGACUUCUGUUUCCUGGUGCAGAACGAGUUUGGAAGACAGUACCAUGAUGUUUGUUGGAAUCUUUCAAUCUUACUAAUUUCUAGAAAGAUGAGUUUAAUAUCAUUUUCAGCUGUUUUGAAAACAGUUCCUUUAGGAGGCAGAUGGGUUAUUAAUAAUUUAGCUGACUUGUCUUUAUAGUAGUUUGACUUAGUCUACCUAUUGCUGUCAAAACUGUGUCUCCUAAAUCUUGACAAGAAUUUUGAUCCUUUCAAGCUUGUGAUUAAUAGGAAAAGAAGGCUCUGAGGAAGUGAAGUAAGUUAUUUAACUCACAGUUAAUUGUACUGAUUGGAGAAGGGUAUUAAAAUGCAUUGAAGUAAAAUA